AUGACCGCAAAGUACGCCAAGGACCAGCCUGAUGGGUUUACCAACCGCAUCGAGCGGAUCACCAUCGUCGGUGCCAGUGGUACCGUUGGCUCUCCCAUCGUCGAAGAACUCCUCGCUACGGGAAAGCAUACCGUGACCGCCCUCACCCGGCCCGGCAGCACCAACUCCCUACCUGCCGGUCUUGAAAGCAUCGCCGUGUCCUACGACACUGAAGAUGGCGAAUCCGCCCUAGUCGACGCUCUCCGAGGCCAACAAGUCCUCAUCAUCUGCCUCUCGCCACAGGCCGCUCCUGGCACUCACCACAGACUCGUCGUCGCAGCCGCCAAGGCUGGUGUGCCCUAUGUCGUGCCCAACGGAUGGGGCUGGCUCUGGCUCGAUGACGAGGAGAAGCGCAAGAAGUCCAUGCACGGCGAAGUUGUGUACCAGAACCUGAAGGACGUCGAAGCGCAGGGGGUGUCAAGCUGGAUUUGCGUCAAGUGCUCGGUCUGGUACGAGUUCUCGCUGUACAUGGGCAGGCGCAACUACGGCUUUACGCUGCCGGACAAGAAGGUGACCUUCUUUGACGACGGCGAGAAGAAGAUCUGGACCACCACAACCAGACAGGUGGGAAGGGCCGUUGCGAAACUCUUCAGCCUGAAGGAGCUACCUGAAGACGAGAACGACCAGGAUCUCACGGUUGCGAGGUGGAAGAACAAGGAGCUGCGUGUGGGGAGCUUCAAUGUCUCGCAGAAGGAUAUGCUGGACUCGGUGCACCGCGUCAUCGGAACCACGGAUGAGGAGUGGACUAUUACGAAGGAACCGUCCGUGGCGAGGAGGCAGCGGGGAUUGAAGCUCAUGGCGACUGACCCCAGCCACGGGUUUGUGAUCGUGCUCUAUUCAUCGAUUUUCCUUCCCGAUGAGGUCGGUUUCUUUGGAAAAGCCACUUUUGAUGAGGACGAGGUGGAUAACCGGUUGUUGGGACUGCCGAAGGAGGAUCUGGAUGAGGCGACCAAGCGCGCGGUAGACACCGCGGCCAAGAUGAGCAGUGAUUGUCUUGCGCAACUACAUUAG